CUGUUUUGACGACCAAGACGUAGAACCACGCUGCGAAAGUUGUGACAAUUUCCAGCACCACAGCACUCACUGCAACCUUAUAGCAAGCCAUUACACAAUGGAGGAGGUUCCCCAGGACUCUCGCCUAGCUAUAGCUCAAAAGGUGUUUUUGAUCCAGACAAAGGACGUUCCGGAUGUAAAGCGCGACGAGCUAAAGGAGGAGGUGCUAGCAGCGAUUUACAAAGACAACCUGGCCCCUCUCUACCAGUACCUCUGCACGGAACUUGGAUGGCCGCUGGACAGCGCGCGGCUAACGGCGAUGCAGGAGGUUAACGCGGGGAAGGUGGCGGAGCUGGAGUUGAAGCGGAAAGACGCGGAGGAGAACCUGGGUGAGACGGAGGUGCGGGACGCUAUGCUGGCGAAGGCCGAGUUCCUUGGCAGCGUCUGCGACCGCGAGGCCGCGGGCAAGGCCUACGACGAGGUGGAGAAGAAGACGGCCUCGGGGGGCAACCGGGUGGACCUGCUGCUCAGCCAAAUCAGGCUGGCCAUCCUGUACAAGGACUGGCGCGCCGUGAAGGCGCUGGUGGCGCGGGCGCAGGCGCUGUGUGAGGAGGGUGGCGACUGGGAGCGCAAGAACAAGCUCAAGGUAUACCAGGGCAUGCUUGCCCUGUACAGCCGCCAGUUCGCCGCCGCCGCUGACCUGCUGCUGGACUCCACCGCCACCUUCACCGCCUCGGAGCUCUUCCCCUACAGCCGCCUCAUCUUCUACGCCGUGGUGGCGGCGCUGCCCACGCUGUCGCGCACGGAGCUGAAGAAGCGUGUGGUGGACUCGCCCGAGGUGCUGUCCGUCAUCCACAGCCUGCCGGGCGUGCAGAGCCUGCUGGAGGCGCUGUACAGCUGCAAGUACCGCCAGUUCUACUCGUCGUUCCUGGAGGUGGUGGCUGAGAUGGGGCGCGACAUGUUCCUGCGCCACCACAUCCGCCACUACAGCCGCGAGCUGCGCGCCGUGUUCUACACGCAGUUCCUGGAGUCAUACAAGUCGGUGACGCUGGAGUCCAUGGCCACUGCCUUCGACGUGUCGCCCGCCUUCCUGGACGGCGAGCUGGUGGACUUCAUCGUGGCGGGGCGGCUGCAUGCCAAGAUUGACAAGGUGUCGGGCGUCAUCGAGACCAACAGGCCUGACGCCAAGAACGCGCUGUACGCCGACACGCUCAAGAAGGGCGACCUGCUGCUCAACCGGGUGCAGAAGCUGGCGCGAGUCAUCGACAUGGAGUAAUUGCUGGGGUCCUGAGGAAUUGCUGGAAAGGGCAGAGGCGCAUUGUGUAUAGGUAGGGUUCAGGGGCAGGAGGCGAAUGUAGGUGCAGGACACAGGCGCGGAUGAGUGGGGCAGGGGGGGACGGACGCGUGGCAGAUGUCAAGGCAGGCAUCUCAUGUGGCGCGUUGGUCGUCGUCGGUCAGUGGACGUAGAGCGCACUGGUGCGGCGAGCAUGGUGGGAAGGUGGCAGUGCAGUCGACAAACGCUGCAGGCGUCUCCCGCAGGCACAGCGCUGGCACAGGCGUGGAGUACAUGUGCUAGUCCAGACGACAGCUGAUACAAUUAAACAUGUGUAGGAGGUGGAGGAACGUUGGUUGGCAACAGAUAUGGCUCUGCUUAGCACAAGCGGUUAGGUCCAAAGGAGGGCGCGGCCCGAACGCCACGUCGGAUGGUCGGAUGUACGGCGUGCGCUUUAUCCCGUAAAUCCCGGCACA